AUACCAAAUUGGCCACAAGCACAUUCUUAACAGCUUUUGUUUUUCUUCUGACAUUCAUCCCCUGGAACCAUCCACAUGCUACCCACGACUUUCCUAUCAGCAUUCACGAGUCUCAUCCAUUUUCCCCAUUUUUGGUGAAUAUUCUACCAAGUUUCUCCAGAUUUUUAAAGUCACCCCUCUGUCUCUUCAGACCAGCAAAGCAUUAAAUAAUGUUGACAGAGAAAGAAGUUGAGUUGAUUGGCCAGAUUCUGGUGAACCCCAAACAAUCCUUGAAGGCACGCUUCCGCUCACUUUUCACCUUACGUAAUUUGGGGGGUCCAGCUGCCAUUGAGUGGAUCAGUCGAGCCUUUGAAGAUGACUCUGCUCUCCUGAAGCAUGAGCUGGCAUACUGCCUUGGCCAGAUGCAGGAUGAGAGGGCCAUUCCAGUCCUCAUUGAUGUGCUCCAGAACACAUGCCAGGAACCCAUGGUGCGACAUGAAGCAGGUGAAGCUUUGGGUGCUAUUGGCAAUCCAAAAGUACUUGAUAUCUUGAAACAAUAUGCUGAAGAUCCUGUUGUUGAGGUAGCAGAGACGUGUCAGCUGGCUGUGAAGAGACUGGAAUGGUUUCAGGAGCACAAGACAAAUUCUGCCGUUAACCCUUACUGCUCUGUGGAUCCAGCACCUCCUGCUGAGGAGAAGGAUGUGGGGAAGUUGAGGCUCACCCUGCUGGAUGAGUCACGGUCACUCUUUGAGCGCUAUCAAGCUAUGUUUGCGUUACGAAACAUGGGAGGAGAAGCUGCUGUCUUGGCACUUGCUGAUGGCCUCCGGUGUGGCAGUGCCCUCUUCCGCCAUGAGAUUGCCUAUGUUCUGGGCCAGAUGCAGCAGGAGGCCAGCAUUCCACAGCUGACGGCAUCCUUGGAGGACGUGGCAGAGAACCCCAUGGUGCGCCACGAGUGUGCGGAGGCUUUGGGCUCCAUCGCUAAGGAGUCCUGCCUGACCACCCUGGAGGCGUUUGCCAAGGAUGAAGAGCGAGUAGUCCGGGAGAGCUGCGAGGUGGCGCUGGACAUGUACGAUUAUGAGAACAGCGCUGAUUUCCAGUACGCUGACAGUCUGAGCAAGCUGAAGACCCUCAGCUGAAGCAGGACUUCUCUUAGCUGGCCUCCCACACUUUUAUUAGCCAUUUCAGUGUCAUUUGUUGUCUGUGGUUUCCAUAAGAGUGCUGGAAGGAGACCGUGUGGACGAAACCUUCAUGCGUCAGUCAUUAAUUUAUUUCUUUUUCUCUGCUUGGUGGAAGGGGGAUGCCACAGCCAUUAUUAAGGACUUUGAAUUAUGUUGAUAAUGGAAAUGUUUUGCAGGAGAAAAAAAUCCUUUUCCCAUGAAAACUAGUUGCUAUUUUUAUUAGCUGCCCUUAAAAGAGCUCUUUCUCAUGCUGUGGGCUAGCCUUGCACAACUUACAAAGCACCAAGACAAAUGAAGCCCACUUCUGUCUCCGGUGAAUCAUAGAGUCAUAGGGUUGGAAGAGACCUUGGAGGUCUUCUAGUCCAACCCCGUCCUAGGCAGAAUCCUUAAUCCAUGCUGGACAAAUGGUUAUCAAAUCUUUUUUUGAAAACCACCAGCGAUGGAGCACUCACAACAGGCAAGCUGUUCCAUUGACUACUUGUUUCUCCUUAAUUCCACUGAUCCAGUGAUUGCAGAAAUAAACAGAAACAACGGGGGAGAGAAUGCCCCUCCAGUAGCACAAUCCCAAACUAUGAAGGGCUUUAAAGGUGACAACUGGCACCUUGAAUUACACCCAGAAGCACAUUGGCAACCAAUGCAGUGCAUGGAUAGUGGUGUUAUGUGUGCCAAAUAAGCAACACCCUUUACUACCUGUGGUCUGCACCAGUUGAAGCUUCUGAAUCUCUUCAAAGGUACCCCAUUGCAGUAAUGCUUAUUGGAUUUCUCCCUAUCACAAAGAAUAAGACACUAGGUUAGAAGUUAAACUUCCAAAUUUAGAGCAAGGCUUUUCUGUUCCACUGCAAAAGAUAAAUAUUUUCUCCUGAGAUCUACUUGGGCAUGGGGCAAAACAUCAGGGAAUUAAGAUCCAUGUCUGAACUAUUUUAAACUCAGUUCCUGAGGGGAUGACAUUUCACUUACAAGCUGUGAAGGGUUUUUCUUACAAUUGAUCUAUUUGUUCAGACAUUAAUUUGGAGUCAUGAGUUAAUUUACCAUUUUAGUAGAGUUUGAAUUUAUUUUUACUAAGCAAAUCAUAUGUUCUUUAAAUGGGCUAUUUCCACACAUAUAGAGAGGCACCUGAUUCUUGAGCCGAAUUUCACUUUCUGCUGGUUUUAUUCCUUAACUUGACACGCAGACUGCCUAACUUUUGGCAAAGUGCAUUUUGCUGCAUAUAGUCGAAAUUGGAAUGUGCCCCAUUGGCAGAAGAAAUCCAGUGCUUUCAAUGAAGUAGAUCUUCAAGAUCAAACUAAUGGGAACACAGUGGAUUUCAUCUGUUAGCCGGGCAUGGAAAACAUGGCCUUUAGCUCCAUGACAUGUGAGCUGAUAAAACUCUUCAGAGAAGGAUAUAAACUAAAUUAAUUUCCCACUGGCCUGGAGUGGGAUGGAUGGAUUAUGGAAGGUUUGUGGAAUUUAGAGGGGUGAUUUUGCUUCUUGAAUGGAGCAAAACUUUUUUUUGCCUGUCAGAGUUGUUUUGUAUUUAUUGUUGUUUUAAAUUUGAAAAGCCAUCCAAAGUUGUUUGAUAGCCUAUAAUUUAGUCGAUAAAUGCAUCGAAGUUUGCUUUGUGCAUACUGCACAGAUAUGCAGGCAUUCAUGGACCAUUUAUAACGAACAAAGUUAGAAGCCCUCCUGCAUCUGCUCUAUUUGUUCAGACAUUAAUUUGGAGCCCUGAGUUAAGCCCUCACAAUCAGACAAUUUUGAAGUAAGGGAAGAGCCCGAUCAGAAAAAUAAAAUAAGAGAAAGCAAUGUG